AUGGGCAUGGCUAGUGAUGAAGCAAUCAAGCAAUUACGUAUAUUGAUGGAAGAUGUUGAUGAAUCACUGAGAGAGUCGUAUCGGAUGAUUCAUCAAGGGUAUCCAACAGAGACUUUGUUACGCUUUCUCAAAGCGAGGGAUUGGAAUGUCCAGAAAGCUCAUAAAAUGUUGCUGGAAUGUUUGGAGUGGAGGACUCAAAACGAGAUUGACAAGAUUCUAACUAAACCCAUCGUUCCUGUUGAUCUGUACAGAGCAAUCAGAGACUCUCAGCUUAUUGGCGUGUCUGGUUAUUCAAAAGAGGGUCUCCCUGUCAUUGCCAUUGGUGUGGGGCUUAGCACAUAUGACAAAGCCUCCGUUCAUUACUAUGUACAGUCUCACAUUCAGAUGAAUGAGUACCGGGAUCGUGUUGUGUUGCCAUCUGCUACAAAGAAACAAGGACGACCAAUCUGCACUUGUUUGAAAGUGUUGGAUAUGUCUGGUUUAAAGCUUUCAGCUUUAAGUCAAAUAAAGUUAAUGACUGCAAUAACCACAAUAGAUGAUUUAAACUACCCAGAGAAGACGGAGACAUAUUAUAUUGUCAAUGUCCCAUACAUAUUUUCUGCUUGUUGGAAAACCAUAAAGCCUCUCCUGCAAGAGAGAACAAAGAAGAAGAUUCAAGUUCUCAAAGGCUGCGGGAGAGAUGAGUUGCUAAAGAUAAUGGACUACGAGUCUCUCCCACAUUUCUGUAGAAGAGAAGGGUCUGGAUCUGGGAGGCAUAUCUCCAAUGGAACAGUAGACAACUGUUUCUCUUUGGAUCACUCUUUCCACCAAGAGCUUUACAAUUAUGUCGUCAAGCAGCAACAGGGCCUAAUUAAAGGACCUGGUGCACCCAUCAGUAGGCAUGGUUCAGUCCACGUUAUGUUCCCUGAGCCAGACACCGAAGGCACCAAGAUCUUUGAUACCUUAGAAUCUGAGUUCCAGAAGCUUGGAAACGACCACAAGGUGUGA